UCCACCAUGCUCAAUACCGCCAACACAACGGCUCAUCCUCUCUUAGAGGCCACUCAGACGUUACUAGAGGUACACACACAAGUCAUCGACAACAUGAUCUACCUCUUCAACACAGAAAUCGAGCUCUUGUCCAACUCCACCAAGCUUCUCGAGUCAAUCCACAUCCAAACCUUACUCAAGGGCUUGAAACAGAACAUUUCCAUCAUGGUUAUGAAGAUCCGCAACCCCGACAGCUACUCACUCGGUCGCAAUAACACCUUGAUCAGCUUCCAGCUUCGGAGCUUAUUCGCCGACCACUACAGCCCAGUGCUCGGGAAGGUGUUGGCCGUGUUGGAGGAGUUAAACCGGUGCUACCACAUCCUUAAAAAGGCCAACCAGAAUACCAAAUCCUUGGCGACACGAAGCUUCUUCUCCCUCUCCCAGGCCGAGACCCAGUACUUGGUCUUUCCGCAGGUCUACGAAUUGACCAGCACUCUUGUAUCGCGUAUCUACCACUCCACAAAGGUCAUCCAGCAGCGUUUUGAGCCGUCCUCUGCCGGAACCGCCUCCCUCGAUGGCCACGUUGUGGGGAUACAGAGAGACGCAGACAGCAUCGUGCUCCAGAACGUGGUGACUUCCAUCCAGGUACUCAACAUGCGUUUGUUCAAGAACAUUUUCAUCAACUCCCCGGCGUUUAUCGCCUUUGUGCAUACCCAUCCGCUCGUGGCGGAAUCGCUCAUCAGGUUCAAUGACUUAUCCAAUGAGUUAGACGGCAUCCAUACAAUCAACCAAUACCACAGUCCGUUACUUAUCUCCGAUGGGAAAACCGAUGCCAUACAGGUGGCCAAUCGCGAAGAUUUGCUUGACUCCAAGUUUAGAAAGUUUGGCGAGUUUGUCUACGAACGGAAUGAGGUCUUGGGGGUCAACAGGAGAAGGAUCUUUUAAGCGAAA